UCCUUGGUGCAGCUCAAAUGGCUCCAAAUUCAACAAUUGGUAUUAAGAAACGGUUGCGGUGCCCUGGUGUACGGAAACUACUGAACAGCUUCAAGAAACUGCACAAUUGUGUGGUGGUGAUGGUUGACGAAUUCAAAACAUCGCAGACGUGUGCAAAGUGCUUUCGGCCAUUUGAUCGACGUACAAGAAACGACCGCUACAAAGUCUGCCGUCAAUGCAUUCCACAUGCAGCAAAUAUCACGACUGACAAACACCUGAGCAGUGUGAUCAUCAGCAAGAAAAGCAACCGGUCGUAUCAACGAGAGCGACGACAUGUUGUUGCGGAAUAUGAACGAUUGAAUGUACAUCCAGUGUAUUCACAUGGUUUAGUGCCGAAACUCAAUGUAUGGUUCAAAAACUGGCAGCUAAACACUGAUAACACAUGGAACGAUUCACGUCAUCCACAUCAACAGAACACUGUUUGGCAUCGGGAUGAAGUCGCUACCAAGUGCAUAUUGUACAAAGGUCUUUGUAUGAUAAAGGGCUUGGAUGUGCAUCCGCAACUGUCGAGACAACAUCAUGCAGCAGCUGCAGCCGCGCAGAACAAUGCCGAAGGCGACCAAGAUGACAACGAUAGCGACAGCGACGAUGAUUACGUUUACGUUCUCGACGACGUGUCCGAUGAAGAAUAGUUUUUAGUUGAUGUAGGAUUAAGUUUUCAAACAAUAAUAAUUGUAACGUUUUGUUACUUUGCUGGGCUUUGAGUAUUGUGGCCUUGUCCGAAGUACGGGGCUUAGUCGGAUCAUAUAAAAUACCUCGUAGGUGA